UAACUUACUUCGAUUUUUCAAAGAUGAGCAAACCUCGAGUAUCACGAGCGGAAGUACUUGAAAAAUAUUUUCAAAACUCAAAAGAAAGAAGAAAAUAAUUUUUUCCCAUGUCCAGCUAAAUAGGAACUAUAAAAAAUGUCUGAACACGUUUCGGACGAAGUUUUGAAAUGGAUGGAUUUGGCCCUGGAAAAGGCAUCCGAGUCUUUGAAAGCCGGUGAAGUGCCGGUCGGCUGUUUAUUUAUUUACGAGAACGAGGUGCUCGCAACCGGAAGCAACACGGUCAAUGAAACGCGCAACGCGACUCGUCACGCCGAGAUCAAUUGUAUAGACGAAAUUUUGGAAUUUAGUAAAACUAAGAACUUGGAUUAUCGUGAAGUAUUCCAUAAAAUCGAUGUGAUCGUAACGGUAGAGCCGUGCAUCAUGUGUGCCGCCGCUUUACAUCAAUUGCAAGUCCGGAGUAUCGUUUAUGGAUGUCCGAACGAUCGAUUUGGUGGAUGCACCAGUGUUUUUCCUGUGCCAACUAUUUACGAUGACUUUAAAAUGAAUAUUACCGGUAACGUCAAAGGCGAACAAGCGAUGAGCUUGCUCAAAGAGUUUUACAAAGGUACUAAUCCGAACGCUCCAGAAGAAAAGGUGAAAAAAAAGGCUGGGCAAAAGAGAAAGAAUUGUCAAACUUUGGAAGAUAUUCCUUCGUGCAAAGAAGACAAAUGUACAACGUAAGAACGUUUUUUUUCCGCCAAUUUUCUAAACGCGCAUUCCUGAGUCUCGUUCUUAAAACGAAACUAGUAAUGUAUAUUUCUUUUUAAUAUUACAUCGAGUCAGUGUAAGCGAUAAAAAAUGAAAAAAUCAUCAACGAACAUUAAAAUUUUGCAUGUCA